CCAAUCAGAAGACAGUUAACUUGGAGCUCGUUGGGAGUGCGUUGCCACGGCAACACACCACAACACCAGUGUUAGUUUGAGCAUCUGUCCUCCGUUUAUUCUCCUGCAGAGCGGUAAUACUCACUUUUAUAUGGUUUGUCUUCAUGACACGUCCAAAAUGACAGCCAAGAAGAAUUGUAAAGUUGUUCUGGAGGACAAGCCAAGAAGGGUGACUCCAUCUGUCUACACCCUGGAGAUGUUACAGUCUACAGAGGAGCGCCUGGCCAACACCACCGAGGUCCAUCUGCCCCGGGUCCUGGAGCUGUUUGACAUACGCAGCUCUAAGCAACACAAAUUGUGCCUGGUGGAUAUGGGUCAGCCUCUUUUCCAGCCCUACCCAUCUGAGCUGGUCUUCCAGAACUUCACUCCUGCACAGACCUACAAGCUGUGUCUGCUUCUCCUCAACAAUGACAAGAUUUCCCGACCGGUGAAGCUGGAGCAGCAGCACUCAGAGUAUUUUCAUGUGGACGGUCCACACGAACCAGGCGGCAAGAUUUCACCAGGAUUGUCGGCUACUUUUACUGUCUCCUUCACGCCACUGGACAACAAGGACUACCACCACAGACUGGUUUUCGUGACAGAGAGAGAGCGGUUUGAAGUCCCAAUCCGUGCCAUCGGGCCACGUGCCAUUCUUGACUUUCGUGAUGAGUUCCAUUUACCCGUCUGCCCUGUGAAGGCCUCCACAGAGAAGACUCAGCUGGUCCGCAACAUUGGAAACAGCACGGCCAAGUUCACACUACACACACAGAGUCCCUUCUCAGUGACGCCCUCCUCUGGGACUCUUGAUGUGGGCGAGAGCAUGCAGGUGACUGUGGAUUUCAACCCCAUGACUGUAGGAGACCACAGCCAGGACCUGCUUCUGCACUACCACACUGGUGAAGACGUGUCCAUCAGCUUGUAUGGAGCCUGCGAGGAACUCAACGUCCACCUCGAGCCUGACUCUGCCCUGCUGAGGAAGACCUACCUUUCUCUGUGCACCAUACAGAGAGUGUCCCUCACCAACAGGAGUGAUAUCCCUCUUCGGUACUGUUGGACAACAUGGCCCAGCCUGCAAGAGGAGGCCCUGAGCUUAUUGAGGGAGAGCUCUGCGCUCCAGCAGAAGGAGGAGGAGGACGAGGAAGAGAAAGAACGGUUGCUUUCUCUGUGUGAGUCUGACCCGACAGCAAUCCAUCGCCUCCCAGUGCUGUCCAAGACUCUGCAAGAACGCAGAAGCCGGGCUGUGCAGGACCACCGCCUGGCUGUCUCACACGGCUGCAUAACUGUGGAACCAGCGGAGGGCGAAAUAUGGCCCAACAUCACAACACAGUUUGUUAUUGUCUUCAAGCCUGAGGAGGCCAAACUGUACCAAGAAACCGUAUACUGUGAUAUCACAGGCCGUCAAUCUCGGAUACCUCUCACAAUAAAGGGUGAGGGCGUGGGACCUAAAAUCGAGCUCAGCUAUAACCUGAUGGACAUGAAGAAUGUGUUCAUCGGUGAAAAAGACUGUUAUGAGGUGCUGCUGUGCAACAGAGGGUUGAUUGAUGCCCCGUUUAAGCUGUCAACCCCCAACACCACUUUCGGACGCUGUUUCUCUCUAAGUCCUGAGGAAGGUCUCGUUCCCACUGGGGCUAGCCAGAUUGUGGAAGUCACCUUCCAUACUCGCAUCUUGGGAACUUUCUCUGAGGACUUGCUGCUGACUGUCACAGGACAGCCUGAACCACUUACCUUGACCUUCAGGGGUUGUGUCAUUGGUCCCACAUUCGACUUUAAUGUCUCAGACCUCAAUUUUGGAGAUGUAGGCUUUGGUUUCCCUAAAACAUUGAGUUGUUCCCUCUUCAACUCCUCCUAUGUGCCCAUGACUUUCGCCCUGCGUGUCUUGGGAGACGGGUUGGGCUCUCCCAGUGUCACUUGGGAACAGUUGUCCAACGGGUCGAAGCACAACUGGCAAGUCAGUGCUGCUCGGGACCUUUAUGCACGACCUGCAGAGUUCACCAUCAGGCCUGCUACAGGCUCUGUGCGUUCCAUGUCAGAUAUCACCAUUAAGGUGACGCUGUGUGCCAAUACAGUGAGGAGAUACAGGUUGGCACUGGUGGUGGAUGUUGAGGGUGUCGGAGAAGAAAUCAGGACUCUGCCUAUCAAUGCCAGGUGUGUUGUUCCCGACGUUAUGGUGGAGUCUACAGUGUUGAAUUUUGAGAGGUGUUUCCUCGACUACCCCUAUGAACAGCAAGUGCGACUACACAACACCAGCCCCCUGCCUGCCUGCUACAGCGUGCUCUCCGAGGAAGAUGAGGAGAGUCUGUCACUACAAUGUGGCAGUUCCAAACCCAGAGGAGUGAUUCCUCCUCACAGUUCAGAGGUGUUGCCCGUGUUUCUGGUCGCUAAGGCCAUUGGAAGGCUGUAUCAACCGCUACACAUUGCUGUGAUUGGCAGCGUCCAACCUCCCUUGGAGGUGGUCUUGUCGUGUAUUGGGCAGGGACCAAUAAUCCAUAUUCAGAGUUCACAGUUGGACUUUGGCAGAAUCCAGGUUCUGACAGACAGUACUAGAGUCCUGCUCGUGUCAAACGAGUCACCUAUUCCGGCCCACUUCACUGCUCGAAUGAAAUGCAGAAGAAAGUCCUUUUGGCGCGUUGAGCCCAGUGUGGGGGAGGUGCCACCAGAGAGCCAGCUGGAGCUCAGGGUAGUGGCACACCUGAAGGACACGCUUCCCUUCGUGGACAAACUGGAAGUAUCCGUCCUGCACGGUCAAACACACACUGUCCCCCUGUUUGCCACAGGCACUGGCACCACGAUUGUCAGUGACAGGCCUUUUGCUCCCAGCCUUGACCUUGGCACAUACUUCAGCCCUGGGACAUGCCAGUACCACUUCAAGCUGACCAACCAUGGCCUGAGAACUCACCUGAUGUACUGGCAGAAUGAUAGCUUCCUGUCCUCCACAAAAACCCACAAGGGGAGAACCUUAUCUGGUGGAACCAUCCUGCCCCCCAUCUCCACUCCCAGAAAGAAGGACAUCCCAGGCUAUGGGUCAGUGUCCUCCUCUGGAGAGAAGCCACCCGUGUUUAGCCUCAGCCCUUCUCGCGUGGAGCUUUUCCCAGGCUGCUCUGCUGACAUGGUGCUGACAGGAUCUUUAGACUGUCCCAAGGUUGUACGAGAGCGUCUGAAGUGCCGUGCCAUUGUGGGUGACCAGAGGUCUUAUGAGCACAUUAUGGCUGUAGAUGUUACCUGUCGCUUUGAGGCGACUAUGGUCAACAUUUCCCCCAAGCAGCUGAACUUCUACAUAAAAAAGGUCCCAGGAAAGAGUCUAAUGCCCCUCUAUGAGAAGCUCAUCUUGACGAAUGUGUCACCUCUGUCUCUGUCGAUGGAGCUCCGUCUUGUAGAGCCGUUCUCUUUGUCUGAGGCUCCUGGAGCCAAUAGCUCAGCUACCACUAAGUCCAUGGUUAUAGGUGACGGGAGGCAGGCUGAGUUGUGGGUAUGCUUUAAUCCAGCUUUCUGUCUGGAUGGGAUGUCACGAGUUAUGGACGAGUUCCUUGAAGUCCACUACCAGGGACACCCAAAGCAAGACAUGGUGGAGCUGCAUGCUGAGGUCCACUUCCCCAACCUGCACUUCUCCUCCACCACAGUGGAUUUUGGCUGUGUGCUCAACUACACAGAAACCCGUAGACAAAUCUGGAUCACCAACUGCUCCCCGCUGCCUGUGUCCUACUGCUGGGCUUUCCUGGAAACCAUCAGAGACACAGAGAAGCCGGAGGCAGAGGAGGAGCAGAGAAAUCGUGAAAAUGAGACUGAAGAAGGGUGGAGAUCGUCUCGCACAGCCUCUCCUGCAUCUUCAGUUUCUCUCCGACCGAGGCCUGGCCCAGAGGAAGACAGCAGCACCUCACAUGUGUUUGACAUCUUACCUCAUCACGGUCAUCUACCACCUGGGGAGAAGCAACAGGUCACACUUUGUUUCUUCGGCCACGAAAAUGUCAGCAGAGAAGCGGUGGCACAGUGCCGUGUAGAGGAGGGCCCUACAUACAACAUCAAACUCAGAGGAGAAGCAUCUGUCAUCAGCUACAGCCUUGACUCUACACAUGUCGACUUUGGUCUGCAGCUGUUUGAUCAUGUAGCGGAAGCAGAGGUGAUUCUUAGGAACACUGGAAGGUUGGGCUUCAAAUUCAGCAUCAUAGAUCCUCAAAGAGAAGAAAAGGCAGAUGAGGAGGAAGGAGAACAGAGGAAGGUCCUGGAAGACGCCGAGCAGCAGCCAUAUGUACAGCAGCAAGAUGAGAAUGGACUGGAGGUCACACCUGGCCGGCCCAGAGUCGUCCCCGCCGCGGGUUACAUUGAUGCUGGUGAGGAGAAAUGUCUGUGUGUGCUCUACCUCCCGGGCGUCCCUGAGGCGUUUAAGAAGCGUCUUCAGCUGCAGGUGGCUUACCUGGAACCACAGGACAUCACUCUGACCGGAGAGGGAGUGUUCCCAAGAAUCAUCCUGAACUUGCCACAAAACCUGUCGGAGGAGUGCUACAGUGACGUGGUGCAGCAGGCCCGGACAGCUGUGGAGGCAGAUAGAGUCAGAUGGGAGCUUACGAAUGGAAUUACCACCGGUGGAGGAGCAGCAACAGAAGUCGGCUGCACACUCACCUCUGAAGAACUGCUUCACAUGGAGAUUGAGAGAAUGCUGGUCAAAGAGAACGCUCUCGCUGUGACCAGUGGCCUGCUGGACCUCAGAGACUCGCAAGGUUCCUCCAGAAAAUGGCACAAACUUACCAAGUUUGUGCUUCCGGAGUAUGUUUUGGAUUUUGGUUCCAUCAUUCCAGGCAAAGUCCUCAGUCACACCGUAAAUGUCACAAACACAGGGUCUGUGCCUGUGUCCUUCCAUGCCAACUGCAAGAAUUUAAUUGGCACAGGUUUCAGUGCAGAAUUUGAAAGAGUGAAAAACCUUCCCUGCGGUGAGACACAGACUUUCACGGUUAAGUUCGAUCCCCAAGGAGCCAAUAUGGGAGACAUAAGUGUCGUCAUGACGAUACAGGUCACUGGUGGUCCAGUGGUCCAGGUGAGGCUGUGUGCGGUGCUGACGGUUCCGGCCGUCACUGUCUCCACGGAUACACUGGAAUUUGACAACGUGCAGUGUGGCAUGUGUCAGAUGAGGACAAUACAGCUGGUAAAUCACGAAUCUGUGCCCUGCUACUGGAGCAUAGCUGAGGAGGUGAAGCCUUUCAAAAAGGUAGAUAAGUUCCUGCCUCUCUACGAGCGUAAAAAGGUCUUGCAGGAGCGGCGACCACCUCCAGUGGUGUUUGAGAUGAUUCCCAGCUCUGGCCUGCUGUUGCCUGGUGAACGAGUCAAUGUCCAAAUAAAAUUCAGUCCUGCUGAGGAGCAUGCUUACAGCAGGCAGCUAGUGGUCAGUGUGGCUGACAGCACCCAGCAGGUGUUCCUUACAGCCCAGGGGCAGGGCGAGGAGCCACAACUCGAUUUCUGCCCCCCUGUGCUGGAGCUGGGGCCUUGCCUGCCUGUCAGCACUGAGAUUGAAGCCAAGGUCGUCGUCAGGAACCCUUGCUCUUUCCCCAUUGAGUUCUACUCCCUGGAGUUGGACACACAGUAUCUCGAGGAAGAAAAGAUCCUGCGUCUGAUGCAGGGUUAUGAUGAGAACAACAGAUUAUUGCUGCCUCCCAGGGUCCCCGGUGAAAGUCUCCCCCAAGAACUGCUCGACUACUACACGGAGCAUUGCUCCCAGCUGAAAAAUGAUGCAGAGCUGAAGGAAGACUUGGAUGAAAAAGAAAAUGGGACAGAUGAAGAAAAGAGGACAAAUGAAAGCGAGGAAGAAAUGCACACUACAAGCGUGAAACCAGCUGAACAACUCGUUUCAGAAAUGACCAAAGAGGGCAGCAGUGAAAGGCUGGGGCAGCUAGAGAUGACCCCCGUCUCCAGAGCAAUCGCACGGCACAUGUGUAUCGAUCUGUCACCUGAAGGCCUGGCCGCACGCAACCGCAGAGGCAUCGCUAUCAUUAUAUAUGGAGCCCCACUGAUAGAUAAGGGCAGCACAGCGGCUGCUCUGGCGCGUCACUACAGCGGGGCGUGCCUGAGUGUCGAUGCUGUGGUUACAGAUGUGCUGAUGAACGGCACUUCACCUGUUAGCCUGACUGCAAGGCAAAUCUUUGACUCUGCUGCUGCGCAGUACGCUGAGAGGAUAGCUGAGCAAGCCACUGAAGAAAUCACAGACCUGGGACCUGCAGCAGAUCUUAAGGCCUCAGAUCCAGCUCCAAAGUCUAAUCAAGCACCUCAUCACAACGUGGAAGAACUUCCAAAACCCAGCAAAGACAGCUGCAGUACAAAUAACUCCAAGGAGGCUCCUCAGCAGUCUGAAAGCGUUGAACACCUUGCUCUUUGCCUGGGAGGAGACGUGACUUCACUCAGAAAUCUCUUGCCUGAACAGCUACUCGUUGAUAUCCUGGCGGAAAGAUUGCAGCUGAAAGAUUGCUACCGUGGCAUCGUGAUCAGCAGCCUGGAGUCUGUGUACACUCAGUCAGUGGCAAGCACGCUGCAAGUUGUUCUCAAGGCACUUAAUAACCGCAAACACAUCUAUGUAGUCAACUUGUCUGACUCCUACGCUGCCCUGAAGGCACGGGAGAGAGCACAGAGAGAAACCGAGGAGGCUCUGGAGAAAGAGAAAGCUGAGAGGGAGGAAAAGUGGCUGCAGGAGCUGGAUGACGAAGAGUAUGACGCUCUGCCAGAAGAGGAGAAGGAGCGUAUUGUCCAUUGGCAUCGAGAGAAGCUCAGACAGAAGAAACUCAGGGAGCUUGAGAGAAUGGAGAAGGAGCAGGAAGAAAAGAGGCAACAGGAAGAGAUGAAGAGGUUGAGAGAAGAGGAGUUGAAGAAGAAGAGCAAAAAGGCUGGAAAGAGUUCUUUAGAUUCUAAGGAAUUGCUACGGAAGAGGAGUUUGCUGGAGGGAAAGCAGUCAAGUGAGGCAUUGAACAGGCAGAGGACGUCUCCCUGUAACACCUCUAAAGAGUCCCUAGUGGACGUAAGAGAGCAACAAAACUCAAAUGAAGUGCAUCAUGGCAAGCAGUCAGAACAAAACCCAGCAUUGCAUGCAGGUUCCCCACAACCCAUAGAGAAGCUGGAGAGAGAAAAGAGCUCAGAAACUGCAGAGAUGAAGAAGCUAAAAAAAGAAAAAGAGGUGAAGAAAAGUAUAAACAGCGGAGCAGAGAUGGACAAUAAAGAAGCUUCAGUGAAAAAGAGCCCGUCUGCUGAAAAGGAGCCAGCAGUUGCGCUGGAAAGUCAUCGGACGUCUCCCCCAAAUCCCCCUAAAGAGCCACAGCUGGAUGCAAAAGAGCAAACGGAACAUUUAAAUGGAGAUGCAAGCAAAUCUAAUAUAGUGCAUCAGAGCAAAGCAGCUGAUCCUUCACAGAAGAAGACAGAUGAAGCCAAGAAAUUACAGGCAGAGGCUCCUCAAUCUGCAGAAAAACUGGAGGGAGAAAUGUCCACUGUGGAUGAGCUGCAGUCUCAGUUUAGUGUGUAUGAGCAGAGUCAGGAACAGGUGGAGCACAUCCUGCGGCACUGGGACCGAGCCCAGGGCUCGUUGCUGGUCCCGCUACCCAGCGAAGAAGGGUCAGAGGAAGUGGUGACGGAGAAACAGACUCCUCCUGUUGGCAAGAGGAGCAAGAAAGCCAAUAGCAAGAUCUUGUCUCCGAUGCCCAGUGCCACAGCUGUACCAGUUGAAGCAGGCAAGUCAGGAGACGAGGUGUCUCAGCAGUACGUCAUCCCUCACCUUGUGCUGAAUGUAACAAGCAAAGACUACCCGAGUGCCACAGAGAUGCUAAAAGGCAGCGUCCUGCCUCCACUGGACGAGGUGUUAGAUAAUUUGGGGUUGGGACCCAGUGGCCCACCCAUCCCUCCACCCACCACCUUCUCUAUAGUUCCUUUCCCCAAAAACAGGGAGCAGUCUAAGAGUCAACUCAGCUGUGACUGUUUCACCUUCCUGGUUCCCUCGGGGCAGGACGAGGAUGAGGAGAAGAAAGAUUCAGGGGAAAAUUUACAAGCAUCAGUUGGAAAGGAAGGGGCAGCGGUAACACCUUCCAAAACUCGUAGCAAGAGCAGCAGGGAGAGUGCAGUAACAAAGGAGCAAGAAAAGAAGAGCAGAGAGAGUCAGAGGACCAAAAAACGAACACUGUUACGUGUCUCCUCUACGUCUGACUGCAGCAAAUCAACACAAGACCAACACCAAGAAACCUUAGAGCUGAUACGCAAACAGAGCCUGACAAAAUUUCGUUGGGUCAUCCCAGCCAAUGAUGAGGUGGUUCUGAGGAUCUGGUUCUACACAGACUCUCCAGGGAAGUUCGAGCAAACCUUCAGCUUUGAGCUACUGGGAACUCAGAGACAAUACCAGCUGCUCUGCAGAGGAGUUUGCACCUACCCCUCCAUCUGCAGAGACUACAGGACUCUUUUUGCCCUCAGUAAGAGGGCGCCACGAAUGGAAGAAGGGAUCCAGAAGACUUACCUGAUCAAACCUGGAUGUUUUGAGUUUGGACCGUUACUCUGUGGCAAGAACAGAGACAGAUACAAGGAAAAUAAGUACCCGGAAAACACAGAGAGACUGGUGAUUCAUAACAACUCAGGUCUGGAGGCUGAGGUCCAGUUCCGUUUCCAGCAUGAUACCCAGGCUACAACAUAUCUGUUGGACCCCCCAGCCAUGACUCUCAAACCUGACCAGAAACAGGAGUUGGCAGUGUGGGCCUACCCAACAAAACUGGGACAAAUAAAGGACAGUGUUGUUUGCCAUAUCAAGGACAAUCCGGAGCUCGUCAUCAUCGACCUGUCCUGCUGGGGCGUUCGUCCCGAGCUGAAGCUGGAAAGCAAGCAUUUGCACUUUGACAGGAUUUUGCUGCACAGGUGGAGCACCCGUAGUGUGACGCUGCAUAAUAAGACAGCUCUGCCUGCAUCCUGGAGAUUGCAGGGUGUGGAAGAGUUGGGCGAUGAGUUCACCGUGCCACAGGAUCAAGGUGUCAUCUCACCUAACUCCUCCUGCUCCCUCACCUUGCACUUCACGGCCAAAAAGCAAGUCCACAUUAAGAAGAUCUUACGCCUGGAGGUAUCCGACGUGGAGAAAAUUCUAGGCAUCGUACAGACCGAAAACAUACAUGUAAAUGCUGAAGCCUAUGAUAUAGCUCUGGAGAUCUCACCAGAUGACUGUAUGGACUUUGGAACCAUCAAAGUCUUUGAAGAGGCCAAACUGUCUCUCAGGAUGAAAAACCAAGGGAAAUAUGAAAUAGCCUACAAGUUUUCAUUUCAGCAGACUGACCCGACUCAACCAAAGCCAGACUCCAUUUUCAUCGUUUCCCCGCAGAGCGGUGCUCUAAUGCCCCACUCGAAGCCCACAUUGGUGCAGAUCCUCUGCAAACCCAAUACGGAAGUCUUAAUCAGAGAGCAGCCUGUUCUGUCAUGCCAGGUGAUUGAACCCAGCAUUGGUGAUGAAGGAGAAACUAUAGCCAUCUUACCUGUCACGGUUUCAGUGAAGUCUGUCUUCUCCAGGUACACGAUCACACCUGCGUAUGACAUCAACUUCGGUCCGCUGGUCUACGGCAGCAAGAAAAACCUAAGCUUCACCAUUGAGAACAAUGGAGUCUUUGAGACCUGUUUUACCAUCUACUGCACGAUCACAGACCCCGCUUCACCAGGAAGGGCAGGAAUGAACUGCAGGGAAUUUGCUGGUGUGGUGAAAAAGCCCUCUGAUGAUAUGGGUCAGGGUAAGAAGAUGUCUCAAGAGAGCCUCUUUGGUGCCGCUGGCAAACAGAGAAGCAAGUCCAUCCAGAAAGACACAAGAAUUCCACAGAAUUGUCUCACCAUGGGGGUCUUCUCAGUGUCUCCCUGCACUGGAAGCCUGCAGCCAGGGUCGCAACAGGUGGUCACAGUGAACUGUGCCGGUGAACAGCUGGGCAACUGGAGCCAGAUUCUGCUCAUUGAUAUCAGUGACCGUGACCCCUCAGUCCAGCCUGAAGGCAUACCGUACAGACUGCUGGCUGAAGUCUGCAGGCCAGGCAUAACUUUAGACAUGGCCUCCAUCUUCGAGGAACACCAUCAGUGCAACAACAGCAGUCAGCUCUCCUCUGAGCAGUUUUGCAACGCUGAGGGAAUUUACGUCCAGGAGGAGAACAAGUUUGUUUUCAACAAAGUCCUGGUCGGUCAGACCGCUCGUGCCCGCUUCAAACUCACCAACAACAGCAAGGUGCCCUGCGUGCUCAGCCUGGCCAUCAGAUAUGCCAGUGUUAGGGCUCCUCGUAACAUCGAUGUUUUUGAUUUGUCCGUCACAACACUGAGCAUUCCCAGCCAGUCUCACUCAUUUGCUGUGAUCACCUUCACACCGCAGACCAUGCAGCUCUACAGUGCUGUGUUUGAGGCCACAAUAGAGGGGACUAGCAGAUCCAGAACGACACCCACAUUUAAGAGCAAGGAGCUGGAGUUCAACCUCACAGGUGAGGGUAAUCUGCCUAGCGUGUGUGUGGUGCGUCCAGCUCUGAGGAACAGCAGAGGAGGCCCAGUGCUGCAGUUCAGACGGGUAUUGGUCGGGCGCCGACUUACGCUGCCCCUGGUGCUGCUAAAUGAUGGAAAUAUUCCAGCUCAGGUCAAUAUUGACAUGCUGGAUAAACACGGAGUGUUCACCCUCAAAGCUGCUCCUGGCAACACUUGCAGCUCCAUCCACUGCACACAGCUUGAGGGCAGCACUGAUUCAGAACAUCAGUUGGUGCACCGAGCCAUCCUGAGGCUGGAUGUUAACAAGCAGGCGGAGUUUGAGGUCGGCUUCUGCUCUGACAAGCCCCUGAGUGUCAAGGCCAAGAUGUCACUCCGGGUGGAGGACAACCAGUACAGCUGUACCACAAUACCAGUGACCGUAGAAGCUUACCAGGAAAUCCUCUCUUUGUCGAACAUCAACAGGACAUCACAGGAAAUAGAUCAGGAAGAUGAUGAGGAAGGUAAUCAUGAGGUGCUGAAUUUUGGUGACUGCCAUGUAGAUUGUCCCUACCAAGAAAGUUUCACCAUGACGAACCACAGCAGCAGCCAGGCGGUGAGGUUUGAGUGGCCUCCUGCUGGACCCCAUGUCUGCUUUUCACCACAGGUAGGACACCUUCAUGCUGGUUGCUCUAAGGAAGUGACUGUCACCUUUCACUCGAAUCAGCCAGUGACUGUGGCCAGCCAGCCAAUGAGGUGCAAAGUUUCUCAGGUGGAGUUCCAGCAGCCACUAGAGCAGGUGACGGACUGGGAUGACAGAAAGAGGACGGUGCAGUGGCUAAGUUCUUCCAAGCAGGGUUCAGUAACACCGCAGCAGCAUGUGAAGAAUAAGGUAAUAAAGACAGAUCCUGAGCCCAGCUGCUCUGUGGUAGAGGGCUCCCAGUGGGAGUUGGAAUUGCACAUCAGUGCAGUUUGUGACUAUGUGAAGUUCAGCUGCAAUACCGACUCCAUCCACUUCAAAGACACCAUGCUCUAUCAGAGCAGGCUCCACCAACUGCAGAUUGUGAAUCACAGCAAGGUCAAACUGGAAUUCUCCUUUGACGUCCUCAUGGACAACACUGCCAACCACGGCCAUGGAGAUGAGACCCAUAACUCUCGACCGAGCAGCAGGUCAGUGCAAACUGGAGCCCGUCCUGCCAGCGCUCUGGCCAGCGUGAUGUCUCUUCUAAUGGGGAACCCUGAGCUUCCCCCCAUCAGCGUCGAGCCCAGCAUAGGGGCCAUAGAGCCGAGUGCGACGCAGACUUUCAACAUUCGCUUUUCACCUCUGGAAGUGGCCCAGUUUCAGGGCAGGCUGCUCUGCAGCAUCCCCAACUUGCAGGACGGGGAUCAGGCUCCCUGUAUCUCGGUGUGUGGUCGAAGCCUGUUGCCCCACUGUCACUUUGACUUGGAGGAGUCAGACUACAUCAGUGGGAUCCGCUGCAGCCGAGGCCACCUGGACCCAAACACCAGGGUCAUAGAGUUCAAAGCUGUUGGCUUCUCUACACCAUUGACAAGAGGUUUUACUGUGCAGAACCCAACCAGUAAACCAUACUUAUUCAAGUGGAGGUGUGAAGACACAGGCGGCAGCCCAUUCUGCUGCCUCACGCCAAGUGGUACCAUCCAGCCUGGGAAGAAAGUAGAAGUGCGUUUUAAAUACGUACCUGAGCAGCUGGAUGUGGUGGAGUCAUUCUGGAGCUUUGUGGUUGAGUCUCUGUCACUGUCUGUCCCCUUCCUGUGUGUGGGUACCACCAGACAGCCACUCGUCUAUCUCGACAGACCUCACGUUGACUUUGGAGAACUGCUUGUCGGUCGCAAAGUGGAGCAGACGGUCAACCUGGUGAAUGGAGAGGACGAACCCUUUCACUUCUCUGUCACACAGGCAUCUCUUCUAUGCGAUGACCAGCAGUCCAGCCUCAUUUUGCAGCCCAUGACGGGCAUGGUAGCGUCCAAAGAAAGGUUGCCAUUGUCGGUGUCCUUCACACCUUGCCGUGAGGGCUACGUGAGCUUCAGAUUGGUUCUCAGGGUGAAGAGGAAGUCAGAGCCACUCGCACUCACAGUUAAGGCUGAUUGUUUCACCAUGAGAGCUUCUGUUCAAGUUGAGAAUCCAGGCGGGGGACUUAGAGAGAUCAGCCCCAACCACCAAGACACUCUGGACUUUGGCAAGGUGGAGAUCUCAGAGAAAUCCACCGUUAAUUUCCUGGUGUCCAAUCUGGCAAGAUUCAGCCUGGAAGUGAACUUUGACCUAACGGGUCCCAGCGAGCUGCUGCAACACUUGGAAGUGAGACCACAAAAUGCCACGGCUGAAGUUGAGAAGCAGCUACAGUCGUCGCUCUUCUUUUGUCCCCAGAGCAUUUGUAACCUCCAGGACGUCAGACUGAGUAUCAAGGUCAAACACGGGCCAAAAUUCAUUUUUGCCAUUAAAGGCACGGCUGUAGCACCUAGUCUCGAAUUCUCCUUUACCAAGUACAACUUUGGCAAGUGCUUCCUGCACUGUCCUGGCAUGGUGCCGGCCUCUCAGACUCUAGUGAUCGGCAACAAAGGCGAAAGGGACAUGAGCGUCCAGUGCCAGUUCAAGAACACCUCUUACCUGGAGAUUGACUUCCAAACAGAUAUUUUGUCUCCUGGUGCCGUGAUGGAGGUGCCAGUCAGCUUCUAUCCUCGCGAGACGUGCCGGUACCAUGAAAAACUCAGCUUCAUCUUAAACAGCUGUGUCACAAAACAGGUGGAGAUACUGGGGCAAGGCAUCGAGAUGAAGCUGGAGGUGGAAGAUCUCAGACAGAAGACAGUGAAGACAGUGAAACUAGGAUCUCUGAUGUUGGGUCAGAAGGUGAAGAAACAAGUGGUUCUGGUCAACCGCAGCCCUGUAGAAAUUUCCUUUACUCUUCUGCUCAACACAAACACACUGCCGGAACCAAGGGAUCUGUCAAUCAGUCCAGCAAGUCAGCUGAGGCUAAAGGCUGGUGCUUCAUGUAACGUUGAGAUCCAGUUCUCACCUCGUCAGCACAUACCUCCCUUCACUGCUGAGCUGCUGGCAGAGUUUGCAGGCCUGUCACACCCCCUGCUGACCAUCCAAGGCUGCUGCCGGGGUGUGGAGGUCGAGCUGGACCAGAACCACCUAUCCUUUGGCGCUGUUGUCCAGCACUGCGAGGCCAAGAAGAAAAUUUUCAUGAUGAACACUGGAGACAUUGGUUCCAAGUUCCAGUGGAAAACAGAGAAUUUCCCCACAGAGCUGUCCAUCACACCAGCUAAAGGCUAUAUCGGUCCAGGCAUGCAGGUUCCUUUCGAACUGACUUUUGCCCCCGUGGAGCUGAGCAAUGACGCAAGAUAUGAGAACUUGUCUUGCUGCGUGAAGGACUCCUCCUCACCCGUUACCCUCACUGUGACAGGCUCCUGUAUCAUAGCCUCCACGAGCAAAGAGGUGGUGAGUUUUGUUUGCCCAGUACGUGGCUCUCAAACCCAGACCCUGCGCGUGUCCAACCCCAUGAACCAGCACUGCACCAUCAGACCUGUCAUAGAGGGCGAGCAGUGGAGCGCCGCAACCUCCGUGAUCCUCAAACCCCUCCAACAAGAGACAUACAAGAUCACCUACAGACCGCUGACCAUGACUGCUGAAGGAAAUAAACACCUGGGAUCAGUCUUUUUUCCCUUCCCCGAUGGGACAGGCAUGCUCUACUCCCUGCAGGGAACUGCUGAGCCUCCCAAAGCAGAGGACACCAUUGUGCACGAACUGCCUGCCAAGACUCACCACACACUGUUGCUUCCCGUGCACAACUGGCACUCCAAGCAGCAGCGGUUCCGUGUGCUGAUAGAGAUCCUGAAACCUGACAAGCCAGAUGCUGCAGUGUCCCUCAAGGGUCUCCAAUAUAUUGAUGUACCUGCUUUGGCCAAGGCAGACUACAAGAUGUCUUUCUUUACGUACAAAGAGGGGCAGUACAACUCCAAGGUGACGUUCCGUAACGUGUCCGGUGAGUACUUGUUCUACUUUGUGACCUUCGAGGCCACGUCUCCAGGAGUCCUGUCCAUCAUAGAGCUGGUGACCCCUGUUCGCCAGAAGGCCUCGGCCACAGUACAGGUGGAGAACCCCCUGACCACAGCUACCUACCUCACCACAGAGUGCAAAUGUCUUGACAUCAGCGCUCCAUCUCAGCACACGGUGCCGGGACAGUCCAAGGGCUCCCUGAGCUUUGAGUACCAGCCCCUGCGUGUAGGCGAGUCUACAGCCCGGCUGACUCUGUGUAGCAAUGACCUCGGCUACUUCCACUACGAUCUGCUUCUCAGAGCUCUGCCAGCACCACCAGAGAAAGCAGUCCACUUCACCACCUCUCUGGGCAGCAGUCACUCUGUUCCCGUUAAGUUCUUCAACUACUCCCGCGUCAAAACCGAGUACUCAUGCAAGACUGAUUGCUCACACUUCACAGUGGAUAAGAGUGUCGGUGCUUCUCCGGGCUUCCAGGCGGGUUCAGAGACCAGCGUGGAGGUUUGCUUCGACCCUCAUCAGCUGGGUGAAGUCAGAGGCCAGCUGACCUUGUCCUCAACGGUCGGUGGCGAAUACAUCUUUCCCUUACACGGGAUGUGCCUCACUCCCAAAGCACAGGGCCCUUUCAGCAUCAAGGCAGGACGCAACGUCGCUAUCCCCUUCAAGAACAUCUUCCUGCAGACCACCGCUUUCUCUUUUCAGGUGGACAAUCCCUGCUUUACUGUGAAAGGUGUGGACACAAUCCCCUCCAAAAAGACCCAAAACAUCAUGGUAUCCUUUGAGCUCCCUGCAGGAGGAUCUCCGGGGCCGUGGUUUGGCAAUUUGACCAUCACCAGCCAGCGCUCUGAGGGUCACAACAAACCUUGCUCUUGGGUCUUUUACCUGAAGGGCCAUCGCCCCGAGACUUGAAGAUUUGUACACACAUGCAAUUGGCUGUGCAGACACACACACACAGACUACACACAUACACACACACUACACACAACAUAACAUACACUAGAUGCCAAAAUAAAUGUGCACUCCAGCCUUUAUUGUGUAUUUUUCUUUGCAAAAUAAUGAAUCCGAUGCCUGAAGUUCAACGUUAAUGCCAUACAUACAAGCCAGAAUUACCCUGUGUGUAUUUAUGUCUCUUAAUUUGUCAAAUGUGUUUUAAUAAAAUGAAUCUGGGCCGGGCCUGUCACUGCUCACUCAUUUCCACAUGGAGGGGGAUGAUGGCUG